AGACUACACGGCGCAACAACCCAGAAGACAGAAAUCUUCAUGAAAUGGCCUGUCUCACAACAAUACAAGCAGCUUUUGUUAUGCUUGGCAAUUGUUGUAAAUCAACAACUAUCGUUUCCAUGGAUUCACGUUGUCCGCAAGAUAGAGUGAGAAGUGCAAGUUCAGUUUAAUUUUUGUGGAAUCGUAAAUCGAACCUGCAAUUAUAGUGUGUGAAUAUAAUGUGGAAUGCAAUAUUCAGAUGCUUCAGAAGGCCCUACUUGAAACGGAGCGCUGGCCACCCUGCGUCUUCGUUCACACGCGGCCAGGACAAGGCUCAUAAAAAGAAAGAAAUAGAAGACCGUCCUCUAAGGACGCGCCAGUUGCCCCAUUUGAAGAGGUCCGGUAUCAACAACGCGACACUAGGUGUGUGUAAAUAUUAUGCUGCAAUCAUAAUAUUGCUCCUGUUUUUGGAAUUGUCUCUCAAGGCGGUGACAGCUCUUGAGACAAAACUAGAGGCUACAUCGAACAGUACCACACACAGCUUGGAACCAAAUCUUCGCUAUCGGCAGCGUGGGACUGAAGAACAUACUAGGGACUCAUGCAUAGGUGGAAAUAAAUGUGAAUACCGUGGUUUUUGUAAGGAGAUUGUUGAUGCCUAUGUAUGUGAAUGUUAUGAAAGGUUCUAUAAGCAAGUAGGAGAUCGCUGUAAAGAUGAAACAAACCACUGUGAGAGCAACCCCUGUGUGAAUGGUGGCACCUGUGAACCAAUAUGGGGAAACUACUUCUGCACUUGCGAUACACAGUAUCAUGGUCGGAACUGUGAACUAGAAAAUAAACUGGGAAUAAUCCGAAUAUCAAGACCACAGUUUCUUUAUGAUAUUGAACAGUUUAAUAACAUCGUCGUAGAAACGUAUCUCAUUUUUGAUGAUGACAUUGGCAGUAACUUCUCAUUUACAUAUUCAACUGGAAGAAUUGAUUCUGUAAAGUUCAGGGGAGACGCUUCACAUGUGGAAGACGAUAUCGAUCCCACUGCGAUCGAAAAGAGAAUACAAUCGGACCUCAAGGACAAGUUAUCACUAG